GCUGGCGCAGUCGUCUGGGGGCUUUAGUCAUCAAUGAAGCGCUGGACGAAGAGGCUGGUGGGUCAAUGGGCCAAUCAGAGGGCAUGUAUUUCGGCAAAGCUAGUUGCUCCCGGAACAUCGCGAAUUUCGUCAAGACUCGCUCCCCAAAACCAUCCGACCCAACCCACUUCCAACGACCACCGCCUCGCCGACCGCAACGAAGCACCCUUGCCUCUACACGAGACGUACAAUUUGACAAAAGACAUUCAAGAUGGUAUGCUCGUAUCUCAAUGGAAGCCCUUCCCAUCACCGCAAUUGGCUAAUCGCUCACUUUUUGCUCCUCCGCAGGCCCCUACACGCCCUUUCUACAAGCAAGUCCUCACCCCCUCGACGUCUCCCUCUACUUGCAUCGCCGAGCGACCGGAGUUCCGCGGCUUCGAAGUCCUGAGCGAUUGAUUGCCCGACAGACCGAAUGCGAUGACUGGGAAACGCUUGCUAACGGCUUGGGUGGAACAGUGCUCUUUUCAAGAACAACUUCUCCAUGCUCGGUUUCGUCUUUGCGACGGGCUUUGCUUUCGAGCUGUAAGCGAUGAUUCCCCA